UAGGCCUCAGAGGCGGUCACGUUUAAAACAGCCGCAGUCGACGAGUCCCCGCUGCCGUCACCGUGAACGCGAUUAGAUCACCGUCUGUGAGGCGUCAGUCCUUAGACACGGAGGCGUCUCAGGGUUAGCUGCCCCUGCCCAGGCGGCCCGCGUCUUCACGCUCCACGGUGGCCAUGGGUGACUUGCUGGUGCUUCUGUGCGGAACCACGGAAGAGGAUCGCUUUCCUCUCUGGAUCAACGGAUCCGUUGGCCACUGUUUUAAUCAGGUGGCUUUGAACUUACCCUCGCAUGCUCUCCUGGCCAUGAGCUCGGCAUUCUUUAUGGGAAAAUACAGACGUGAUAGUCACGUGCCCGUAUCGUACGGCUGGGUGCUGAGAAUCCUCACGUCGGCUUUGGUGGUGGCACUAUUUUUCUGCGACCUCGUGUCCCUUUCCUUUGACUUUGAUGUCAAAACGCGACACCUGGACGUCAUGGCUGCAUGCGUUGCAGCGUUCGCUUGGCUGUGCCACUCCCUGGCACUGUCCUCCGUUGCUCAAUCUGAGCUGUCCUUUUCCCGGGGACCGCCGCUGAUCAUCGUUGUCUGGCUCGCAACAAUUCCCUCCGCAGUCAUAAACGGAGUGGCUUUCUUCACGAGGCCCGAGUUCUGCCUCCUCGGGGCUGCAGCUUGUAUGCACAAAGUGGUAAUGUGUGGCGUUCCAGUGUUCAUGGCGGUUUAUUUAAUCUCACUGAUUCCGUCAAAUCGUCUUGUGGCCGUUCAUGAGGUGGAAUCCAUUAAUGAUGCAGGUGAAAGGACUGCGCUCUUAGGCAGUCGGAAAAGAAAAACUGAACAACUUUUCCCUGAUGCUCGUCACCGACAAGCGGUGACUGAAGAUGGUAGUGGCUUCAUCUCAAAACUUUUUUACAUUUGGUUAAACCCAGUAAUGAAGCAAGGUUACAAUGGAGAAUUGAAUAGCCCUGAUGAUAUCCUUGAGUUGCCUGAAAACAUGAAGGUAUCAUUUGUGUCUCAAGCGUUUAAAGACGUUUUGUAUGCAGACAGUAACCAAACAAGGGAUUGCAUUCCUGAGGAUGUCAGCCAGAGUAGCCCAAUUGGGAAGAGAUUGUGCAUCAACAAAGACACGCCAUUACCUGAUAGCCAGCCGAGACGCACUCUCUUUUGGUCCCUCUACAAGGUUUACGGCGUUCACUAUUUAUUGAUUGGUCUUCUCUACUUGAUUGCCAUUGUGCUCGGUCUGCUGGGCCCUGUCAUUCUGCAAUAUUUGCUCUCCUUCAUGGAGAACAGACAGGAGCCUGCCUCUCACGGCUACUACUACAUUGCCGGCCUCUUUGGGACAACAUUUUUUGGGGCUUUUUUCAACAAUCAGUUCUCCUACCGGAUCAACAAGAUCGCCUUGUGCGUACGCGCAGCCCUGGUCACGACGGUUUAUCGGAAAUCGUUGCGGGUCGGUGCGUCCUCCCUGUCCGAGUUCAGCACGGGAGAGAUAGUGAACUACAUGAGCACCGACACGGACCGCAUCGUCAACUUCUGCCCAAGCUUCCACUCGUUCUGGAGCUUGCCUCUGCAGGUGGCCGUCUCUCUCCUGCUGCUCUACCAGCAGGUCGGCGUCGCCUUCCUGGCCGGCAUCGCCGUCGCCAUCUUGCUCGUCCCGCUGAACAAACUGAUUGCGAACAAAAUUGGAGGAUUCAGCCAAGCGAUGAUGCACCAUAAAGAUGGAAGAGUCAAGCUCAUGACCGAGAUUCUCUUCGGCAUCCGUGCAAUCAAGCUGCACUGCUGGGAGGAGAGCUUCUCGCGCAAAGUGAAUGGGUUUCGCUCGGAUGAGUUGAAGGGCCUCUCGGGCAUGAAGUACCUGGAUGCACUGUGCGUGUACCUGUGGGCGGUGACGCCGGUGCUCAUCUCCAUCCUCACGUUCGUGACGUACGUCAGCCUUGGCAACGCCCUCACCGCAACGAAGGUUUUCACAGCUGUGGCUUUGAUCAACAUGCUGAUUACGCCUCUCAAUGCCUUUCCGUGGGUGCUAAACGGACUCAUUGAAGCACGGAUUUCUUUAAGGAGACUUGAAACAUUUUUGUCCUUACCAGAGUUCAGUGCUGAAACAUAUUACUGCAAUAGCAAGUCAUUUUACGAGGAAGCGCAGAGCGGCGAAUGGGAGGUGGCGCUGUGCCGAGCAACGCUGUCGUGGGGCUCGUUGCUGUGCCCACCGCGGCAGCGCGGCUCCCCGGACCCUGCCGCGGAGGGCUUCUCCCUCAAACGUGUGGAGUUCAGAGUUAAGGAGGGUCAGCUGGUCGGCGUAGUUGGAAAAGUCGGAAGCGGGAAGAGCUCCCUACUUGCGGCUAUAACCGGUGACCUCUUCAGGUGUCGUGGAGGGGUCCUUGUGAAGCGACUGGAGGAAGGUUUCGGAUUGUUCACCCAAGAGACGUGGAUCCAGCAUGGGACUGUGCGAGACAACAUCCUCUUUGGCAGUCGCUACGAUGAAGACAAAUACCUCUCCAUCAUUCGCGCUUGCGCGCUGUCGGAAGACCUCAAGACCUUGGUGAACGGGGACCGGACAGAGGUCGGGGAGAAUGGGGUGACUCUCAGUGGAGGCCAGAAAGCCAGGAUUGCGCUUGCACGGGUGGCCUACAGCGACAAACCCGUUUGUUUGCUGGACGAUCCUUUAGCAGCCGUGGAUUGUGAUGUUGCUGCUCACCUGUUCAGCAAAUGCAUCAAUGGGCUUCUGCAGAAGAGGACCAGGAUCCUGUGCACUCAUCGCACCCAGUAUUUGGCCGCAGCCGACCUCGUCAUCCUGCUCGACAAUGGCAUCGUCAUCAAAGCGGGACCGCCCCACGCGGUGCUUCCGGCCGGUAACGCGCUUCCUGAUUGGCCCUUGGCCGUCGAGGCUGAGCCACACUCAGAUGAAGGAGGAGGUGGAGGAGAUGAGUGUGAGGGUGAUGCUGAUUGUGUGGCUGGCGCUGUGGCUGCAGGAGCGUGUGGUGGUGGUGUGGCUGAAGGAGCAGGUGGUGGUAGUGGUGGUUGCGGUGUGGUUGCAGAGGUGCGUGGUGGUGGUGUGGCUGGAGGAGCGGGUGGUGGUGGCGGCAAUGUUGCUGGAGAAGCGAUUAGUGGUGGUAUUUGUGGUGUGGCUGAUGGAGCGGAUGGUGGCGGUGUGGCUGGAGUAGUGAGUGAGCCGCUGGUGCAGCAGGAGGAGAGGAUGGUGGGUGCCGUGGCUCUGGGCGUGUGGCUCGCGUACUGGCGCGCCGUCGGCUCCUGCCUCUCCGUUGCCGUCAUCCUUGCCCUCUUUCUCAUGCAGGCAACUCGUAAUGUUACAGACUGGUGGCUGUCUUACUGGAUCGCACAUGUACAGGAACAUAAAAAUGCAAGUUUCCACGAUAAUUUCGAGAGGAGCAGUGCCAAUGGGAGUGACCCGGUGCAGUUUUAUCUGUCCGUGUACGGAGCGCUAGCGGCAGGGAACACGGUGUUCACACUACUCAGGGCCUUCUUGUUUGCCUACGGUGGGGUCUGCGCUGCCAGAAACAUUCACAGUGCACUGCUGCACAAGGUCCUGCAGGCUCCGGUGUCGUUCUUUGACGCCACCCCCACCGGGAGGAUCAUGAACCGCUUCUCCUCUGACCUGUUCACGGUCGACGACUCCCUCCCCUUCAUCAUGAACAUCUUCCUGGCGCAGCUCUUUGGGCUGGUCGGGGCAAUCGUAGUCAUGUGUUACGGCCUGCCCUGGAUGGCCCUGGUGCUGCUGCCGCUCGCCGGGGUCUACUUCUGCGUUCAGAAGUACUACAGGUUCACGUCGAGAGAGCUGAAGCGGCUGGGCAGCGUCACCCUGUCCCCUAUCUACUCCCACUUUGCCGAGUCGCUGUCCGGACUCGCCGUCAUAAAGGCGUUCAGGGCCACCGACAGAUUCACCCGGGAGAAUGAGGCUCGACUGGAGCUGAACCAGCGCUGCCAGUUUGCGGCCGUGGCCGUGAUGCAGUGGCUGGACGUCCGCCUGCAGAUGAUGGGCGUGGUGAUCGUGGUGAGCCUGGCGGCGCUGGCAGUGCUGGAGCACCACCUGCGCGGCGUGGACCCAGGCCUAGUGGGCCUCGCCAUCGCCUACGCGCUCAGCAUCAACGGCCGCCUCUCAGGCCUCGUCUCGAGCUUCACACAGACGGAGACGCAGAUGGUGAGCGUGGAGCGUGUGCAGGAGUACCGCGGCAUCGACAGCGAGGAGGCGCACCGCCACCCCACGCACGUGUCUCCUGAUUGGCCCCAAGGUGGUGCACUGAAGUUUGACAAAGUGUUCCUCACUUACCGGCCAGGGCUGCCCUUUGCUUUAAAUGGAAUUUCUUUUUGCAUAAAUCCAUGGGAGAAGGUGGGGAUAGUUGGAAGGACUGGCUCCGGGAAGUCCACUCUGUUUUCAGUUCUCUUCCGCAUUGUGGACGUACAGCACGGAGCAGUCUACAUUGACGAUCAGGACAUCUCAAAACUCGCUCUCAAACAAUUAAGGUCUAACUUGGCGAUAAUCCCACAAGACCCAUUCUUGUUCAGUGACACAGUUCGGAAUAAUUUGGACCCCAAAGGUUCAUACCAGGACCAUGAACUGUGGGAAGUGUUGGAGAAAUGUCAUUUGAAAAGCUUUGUCCUUGAUCAGGGUGGCCUCCAAGCAGAGGUGGCUGAGCGAGGAAGAGACUUCUCCUGUGGUCAGCGGCAGCUGCUGUGCCUGGCACGUGCCAUGCUCUUCAAGGCCAAGAUUCUGUGCAUAGAUGAAGCAACUGCGAGUGUUGAUCAAGACACGGACGUGCUGCUACAAAAAACCAUCAGGAGCGAGUUUGUCAACAGCACAGUGCUGACUAUUGCACAUCGACCCAACACGAUUCUGGAUUCCGACCGGGUCCUCCUGCUGCGAGGCGGGCGAGUGCUGGAGUUCGCGUCUCCCCACGACCUCCUCCAGGAUCCGCGGUCCGCUCUGUCUCGCCUCCUCUCGAAAAGCCAUUUACUGUCUUGAAAGCAAUUGCUCACCCGGGGGCAGGACAAGGAGGGGUUUAGUUGAAGGAGGCAAAGGUGAUGUUUAGAGUGCUGUGAAUGUUUGCAAUAAGGGUCAAUAGACUCCAAGUUAACAUUGACGCGUCGUUUACUCGAGUAGCUGCACUACAUAGAUGUGAACAGCCCGGUCUCCCAUAUCGAAUGAUAAAAAUUAAGUAUUUGGUCUUCGCGUUAUUCCCGUCGCGCAAGGUUAUCACGAAGGCGCUAUGUUACACAGAUGUAGUCUGCAGUCGCGUCAUAAUUGGGGGCGAUUUUGCCGUGUGUAAUUCACAAUUGAGUGAUUUGUAGGUAAUUUUUCUUUAUUUGGCCAAUGUGGGCCAAAAAAUGCUGGCAAACAAUGGUCGAACCCGUUUAGAAUGACGUCGGGGCAUCCUGAACGUUCAGUGUGAAACAGGCGGUGCGUACGGUGCCGUACGUUACAGCUUAGACCCAGUGGCGGCUGGUGAUAUUUAUUUUUGGGGGGGCGCAUUUUUUUUAUUUUAUUGAGGGGGGCAAAUAAAUAUAAAGCAGUACCAAAAACCAUUUUGACUACUUGAAUAUAAAUUUUGAUGAUCUUUAUUUACAUUUCAGACCAAAAGAAGUACCAAAAAGCAUGUUUCCUACUUGAACAUAAAUGUUUCUCUUUUAUAUACAUUUCAGACCAAAGUACCAAAAAGCAUGUUUCCUACUUGAACAUAAAUGUUUCUCUUUUAUAUACAUUUCAGACCAAAGUACCAAAAAGCAUGUUUCCUACUUGAACAUAAAUGUUUCUCUUUUAUAUACAUUUCAGACCAAAGUACCAAAAAGCAUGUUUCCUACUUGAACAUAAAAACGUUAGUUUCAUGCUAUUAUCAAUAUGGCUGCGGCUACUUUCAUGACGUUUGCAUUUGUCAGAGAGAUGUUUGAGGUCUCUUACCCCCGUCGUUGUCCACAAAACUUCAGUGCCGACACUUUGAAAUAAAAGACAGGGAAAAC